AUGAGCACCGAGUUUGGAGGCGGUCUGGCUAGGUAACACAUUUUUGGGCGGUGUGUUGGGGGGAAAACCCGUUUUUUGUUGUUGUAAAACUUCAGAUUUGUCACGUGUCCGUCAGAAGUGAACACUUGUCGCGAACUGGUCGAGGUGCCGGGCGGCGCCGAGUGGAAAAUUCGCAAAUUUCAAGAGAUUCACGAAGAAUUCUGCUGGAAGUAUCCGGGCAGCUCGGUCAUUGUCAAUUAUCAUUUCAAGAGAUUACAGGUCUGUUUUUAUAUACAAAAAAGCUGAUUUUCUGGAAGAAGAAACGUGUUGUUGCAGAAUUGUGAAAGCCCAGAAGACGAGAAUCAGAGAAUGUUCUACGCAAAAGUGUCGCACUUUAUGUCGCCCGUCGAAAUUUCGGUCCAACCCAAAUACUUGUCGUCGGCCCGCAAAUCGUUGAUGGGACAGAUGAACGCGUGCUAUCAGCACACGAGACCCGAACCGUUUCUCGAUGAACAAGUACAGUUUUCUGAUGGGAAGUGCGUGGGCAAAUGUGAGUCUUUUCAGAUAUUCGUGCCUGUGGCGUGUGCCGUUCAAGAACUUGGAUUCUGGUAUCGUGGGCGGAUUGUGCAAAUUUCCGGAGAAGAGCAGUUCGUUUUUGUUUUACAAUUUACAUCAAGAACAUUCAAAAUUGAUCGAAAACUUCCAAUGCGCAAGCGAGUUGUCAAUAGAGCGCGUUUGCAUCAGUUUGCACUGGAAUUCGUUUCAUUCUCAACUUUCUCUCUUUUAUCUUUGAUACUUCGUUCGUCGAGAGUCCGGAUGUGAUUGUCCGUGUUAAAAUGUUCAAUUUAAGCGCUGAACGGAGCAAAUUCGCUCGGAAUUUUCGAAUUACGCACACUUUCAAAAUUAGCACUGAAAAACGACAGAUUUGAUCUCGGAAAAUGCCAAUUGAGCGGCAAAGUGAUGGAGCUUUUCAAUGCGCAACUUUUGAGAGCUCAAACGUCAAAAAAUAUGCAAAUUUUACAAUUUCAUGCACGUUUAAAGUCGCUGACAAGUUAAUUUUUACGGCGAAUCGGAGAAAGGAUAACGACAUUUUUGCCCAUCAAAUUCCAUUGUAUUUUCGCUGUUUUAGUGCAAAACUCCAGAAAUUCGCACAUUCCGCGUCAGGAAAUCUAAAAAUUCAGAAAAAUUUGUUUCAGCGUGGUCGUGGAACUCGUGGAUUUCGGCACGCAAAUCCUGGUGCCACGCCGUCAGAUUCUUCCGCUUUUUCGUCGUUUCGGCAAGGCUCCGCCGCUCUGUUUGAAGUGCCGCGCCGACGGAAUUUCGAUAAACGACCUGGAAAUUCGGGAUUUGCACGAUUUCAAAGACGUUGUCGCCGGCUGCAACGCGCUUUUUCGCGUCGAACUCAAAUCGUGCGUGGAGCCGUUCAAAGUAGGGAUUUUUUUCGGAUUUUCUUGAAGUUCAAUCAAAAAUGCUUGUUUCUUGUUCUUAAAAUCGUACAUUGCACACGGUUCUAAAUGGUUUUAUCCUGAAAAUAGCGAAAAUUGAUGGAGUUUGCGAAAAAUCGUUAAUUUUCAAUUUCGCAUAUUUUCUACUUUACAAACGUGACAAUUUGAUGAUUUUUGUCAUAUUUCUCAUGCUUUGAAUGCAAAAAUGCCUAGUUUUAGCCGAAAUUUCGACGGCGAAACCAGAAAAACUCGAAAAUCGCGGUGGGCUGCACGAGAAAUGUGACCGUUAGCGUGCCUUUGCGCACUUUUGGUGCAUUGAUUUAAACAGUGGAAAUUUUUGGAAAAUUGCCGGAUUUUUUUGUUGUUUUCAGGCAAGUAUUCGUGAAAGAACAUAAAUUUUUAUGGGGAUCGAAGAGAGGCCGUUUGAUUGGUCAAUAAGAUUGUCGGAUCGAAAAAAAAAACAAUUUUCAGGUCGAUUUGUACCAUCCGACGAUUUCCGGAUUGAAUGUUUGCGCAAAGUUCAUGCCGCCGCCGGAAGACGUCGGGAAAAUGGAGAGAUAUGAGAGGAGUUGGGAGGCGCAUUGCAAGAAAAUGGUGAGUACGGUUGCGAAGUGUCCCUGGGCUAGUGGCAAAGUGUCAAUUUCCAGAACGAAGAAUUCGAAGAUGACGUGGAUUUAGACGCGGACGACGUCGGGACGGGCGACCAUCUUCGUCGCUUCAUGAAGCGUCUGCCAAAGUGCGAGCGUGCUCCGCGCUUCGAGCACGACGUUCUCCUCGUCGAGCACAUUGAGAACUCGCAACUGGUUUACCUACAAUAUCCGUGGCAACACGAGAAGCGCGCCGAACUCGACAGACUGCUCUGUGCCACGUGGCACCGGCUGGCACCUCUUCCCCGCGAAUUUCGAGUCGCCGAUCAAGUGUGUGCGAUCCGGAAUCCGCGACUUGGCGGCGUCGUCCGAAGGGCCAUCAUUUGUGAGGACCCGACGACGGUCCUGCUGGUCGACUAUGGCCGAUUUGUGAGAUGCUGCUCGUCGGCAGAUUUGCGGUCCCUACCCGCCGAAGGACUUUUUGCCGAGGAGCCGAUGAUCACGGUCAUCUCGAUGACACGUGGCAUCAAUUUGAUGACGCCCCAUCACUCGGAAACGCAGUUUUUGCGCGAAAAACUGCGCCACGGCGCCAAAGUGCACUUUCGGUGGGAUAAAAAGUCGAAACAGGUGCGUUAAAGUGAUGCUUAUCUCCUCAAAAUGUUCCAAAUUUCCAGACUCCGCUACGCGGGAAACUAUUUGUGGACGGUCAGCGCGACUCGUCUAUCAACGAUCAAAUGGUCAACUAGUAAGCGCGGGCCUCUUUGGCUACAGUUAUCCCACUCUUGUUGCUCUUUUUUUCAGCCUGAAACGUGCCGGAAUCGACGCAAACUGCCACCAACUCGAUGUGUACCGUCCACGCGCGUUCCACACUUUGCCACGUGGCAAUCACGUUUAUCGCGCCACGUGUCACGCGCAUUACUCGAAAGGAAGUGAAGAGUUUUUUGAGAUUUGA